AUGUUAUAUUCGACAGAGUCCCAUGCCAUCUUCGUCGACAAAGUCGCAUUGUUGAAGAGAUUCACCGUGUUCUACAAGGUCAUACUUCGAGAGCGUCGCCAGGCUACAUACGAGCCUAUCGGAUACGCCUUGAGGUCUGGAGAUGGUGAAGAUGACUCGUGUGCACAUUACUACGUGUACUGGCAGGUAGGACAGGAUGUGCUGGUGUACGAUGGGCUAGCGAACACGGGGAAGUCGACGAUGCGUGUAGGGAUGCGAGUGAGUGAUUUGGAGGUACUUGGCAUCCCGUCGAAGGGUAACAUUCAGCUCAUGUUUUACGAGCUGGUAGAUGAUGUCAUGCUCGAGAAGCUUCCGUAA